GUCUCGAAACACCACCACUAGGCAUGCUUUGGGUCUGCCCCUUGGUGUAAGCUAAGAUAAAUUUUUGCUUAACAAUUUCUUAUUAUCAAGUGAGCCCUAUAAAACCCACCCGCCAUUUCAUCCCUUCAACCCAUCAAUCCCUCUACUCCUUCUUCACUCCACUAAGCCACUGAGAGAGAGCUAGCUCUCCACUUUCUCCUCUCUCCAACUCCAACCCCAAACAACUCUCUCUUCCUUUCAUCAAUGGCUUCCAAGACCAACUCAGCCAUGGCCCUCUUCCUUGUCCUCAACCUUCUCUUCUUCUCCAUGGCCACAGCCUGCGGCGGAGGCUGCCCCACUCCCAAACCCAAACCGAACCCUAAACCAACUCCUACCCCUUCCUCCGGCGGUGGGAAAUGCCCCGUAGACACACUCAAGUUGGGCGUCUGCGCCGACGUGCUAGGCAAUUUGCUCAAUCUCAAGGUCGGCAACCCGCCAGUUCAACCUUGCUGUAGCUUGAUCGAUGGGCUGGUUAACCUUGAAGCCGCCGUCUGCCUUUGCACCGCCAUUAAAGCCAACAUCCUGGGGAUCAACCUCAAUGUUCCCCUCUCUCUCAGCCUGCUUCUCAAUGUUUGUAGCGUCAAGGCUCCAUCCGGCUUCCAGUGCCCUUGAAGACCAAUAAACCCUUUUCUUCUUCUUUUAUUCGGAGAGAUAAUAUUCUGCAACAUUUUACUGAUUUAAUAUUCCUUGGAUUGUUUGUAUUGUGCUUGAUUUUGGUCGAUAUAACUUUGUUGUGGUUUCUUUCUUUCUUUCUUUCUCUCUAGCUAGCUUCUGCUGAGCGAAUGUUGAAUAAACUGUAUUUUUUUUU